AUGGCACCCUCCAAUGCUGCGGAUCAGUCCGCCAACACUACCAAGAACUUCAUCAUCAAACACAUGAACGCCGACCACCAAAAGUCCCUGGCUAUGUACCUCCAAGUCUACUGCCACGUCUCGACGUCCGAGGCCAAAUCCGCUCGACUCGAAGAUAUCAGUCUGUCCGAUCUACUCCUCAGCGCCCGAGGCACGCGCUACACCGUGCCGCUCGAUCCGCCCAUGGCCUCGUUCUCCGAGACCCGUGGCAGAGUCGUGGCCAUGCACAAGGAGUGUCUCCAGAAGCUGGGACUCUCGGACAUUACGAUCAACGAGUAUCGCGCACCGCGGGGCAUGGGCGCGGUGGGAUUUGCCGUGUGCCUCGCUGCGAUGGUGGGAUUCUGUCAGCGCGACAACUUCCUGCCUGGGUCGCUGGUCUACGAGACGAUCGGGCUGGGCAGUUUCCCCGCGAUGGCCCGGUUCUGCUACAAGGUGCAGCCCCCGGUGUUCAUCUUCCUCAUCGGGGCGCAUGUCAUCGAGGCAACUUUGCUGGCCGUUAAGCGGUUGAAGCCACACGGCGUGCCUUUCCUGUCAGUGACAUGGAUCGCCUGGGUGCUAUCCACCGUGGUGGAGGGAUUUGGGGCAUGGAUACGGUUUGACGCGAUGGUGCGGGAGAAGCAAGGGGGGAAGGAACACAGUCAGUAG